AGGUGCGACAAUACAAAACAAUUCCAAAGUGCUUUCGGAUUGGACCUAUACUUUUAUCUCGUUGAUGUUUCCUUUUAAGGCGAUGUGUUUCCUGACGUGAUUCGCUGAAUGAUAUGUCAAUCAUUGGCUCGAACGCCGCACGGAACAGCAACGCAAAAUCCAUCUGCGCGGACUGUUUGUAGUUCUUUGUUGAAUGUUUUCAUCUAGCUAAUUGCUAGCGGGCAGUCCGCGGACUACAUUUUAAGCAUUUCAUCUUUGUUUUGCCUAUGUUCAUAAAUAAAUGAAUUGGCGGUAAGGUUCUAUGAUUAUAUUUUAAUUGAUUCAGCAUCAGCACCAUCAUUGCGGAACAGCCUUCCUGGUCAGCUAGAAGAGUCACUUCGUUCGUGUAGGCUCGGAUUUAAACUCAUCGGUACAUGAAAAAUAUCAGAGAGAAUCCCAUUCCUGUGAACCAGUCUGCAGGUCUGGAUCACAUCAAACCAUGUUGGUACUGGGACAAACGGGACCUGGCUCACACCCCGUCCCAGUCAGAGGGACUCGACCCUGCGACAGAGGCCAGGUACCGGAGAGAAGGUGCGCGGUUCAUCUUCGACGUGGGCACCCGGUUAGGACUCCACUAUGACACACUGGCCACUGGCAUAAUUUACUUCCACCGCUUUUACAUGUUCCACUCAUUCAAGCAGUUCCCAAGAUAUGUGACGGGCGGAUGCUGCCUCUUCUUAGCCGGGAAAGUGGAGGAAACUCCCAAAAAGUGCAAAGACAUCAUCAAGACGGCCCGCAGCCUGCUCAACGACAUCCAGUUCGCUCAGUUCGGGGAUGAUCCGAAGGAGGAGGUCAUGGUGCUGGAGCGUAUCCUCCUGCAGACCAUCAAGUUUGAUCUGCAGGUGGAGCACCCCUACCAGUUCCUGUUGCGUUACGCCAAGCAGCUCAAAGGUGAUAAGAACAAGGUACAGAAGCUAGUGCAGAUGGCGUGGACCUUUGUGAACGACAGCCUGUGCACCAUGCUUUCCCUGCAGUGGGAGCCAGAGAUCAUCGCCGUGGCCGUCAUGUACCUGGCCGGACGCCUCUGCAAGUUUGACAUCCAGGAGUGGACGGCCAAGCAGUCGUCCCGCCGCUGGUGGGAACAGUUUGUCCAGGACGUGCCUAUGGAGGUGCUGGAAGACAUCUGCCACCAGAUCCUGGACCUCUACUCCCAGGGCAAGCAGCAGAUGCCCCCGGGUGCCGGCCCAGCGGCGGCCAGCGGCCCGGCCUCCGCGGUGCUGGAGAAGGCAGCCUCGUCCAGCCCCGCUCCCCCCCAGCAGCUCCAGCUCCAGGCGCUGCCUCCACCCCCGGCCCUCCUCCCGCCCUCCCCGGCCCCCCAACCGGCCAAGAAGCCGUCGCCACAGACCAGCCCCCCGAGGCAGCUGAAGAGAGCCCAGCCGUCUCCUAAAGAAGAGAGCAAGGCUGCAGAGCUCUCUGGUGCCAAGGUCCCUCGACUGGAGCCCCCCGUGCCUCCGAUGCCCGCUGCCCAGCCGCCCCCAGGUCAGUAGCCUCACCUAGUCCUGACCAGGAGCUGACCCACCUCUCUAAAGCCGGACUUCUACGUACAGCGCAUUUGAGCGUCCUCGUUGCGUCUCGGAUACGCAACGUGGAUAUUCACAGAGCUGCCUGCAUUUACACUUUCAAGUAAAAAUCAAUAUGUACACAAGGGGGCAGCAUUAUGCUUCACAACCUAAAAUGUACGUGGACCCGUAGCAAAUCCAUUGAAAAAUAACGUUGGAAAGAGCAAUACAUGUGAAAAUACACACAUUGUUUUACGAGUUUGCCGUCUGCAUUCAUUUUGUUCUCGUGUCUGCUUGUUGAAGACAAAACACUGCGCCCGUGCGGGCCGUGCCCUUCUCGACCGACGGUCAGCGAUUAGUUGACCUCCGCAGAGGCUGCCGACAUGAUGCUAGCGUCUGGAAGGACUGCAUUGUCUUUCCAUGCGUGUUGCUCAGCGACCGGCCAAAGUGGCACUUACAGUUCACCGAGGUCUGGCCAUUACCUCUUAUCACACUGCUUGAGUUAAGGGGGGUGUGAGGGCCACUGAAUGGGCUCGUCGUCAGGGCUUCUCUUUUUCCUAGUUGAAUGUGUCGCAUGAUGCAGUGUCCAGAGUCUAGACACUGUUUGCACAACAGGUUCCAGCCGGUGAGAAAUGGCCCUGAGUUAACACUAGGGCAAGGGCUAACACAACAGCUUGGGGUAGACCAUUAACAUUCAGCAAGGUGACAUUCAUAGUCUAGUCAAGGUGUGAAUAAUGGAAUAUGCUAAACGUACAAACUCACUCACUCACAAACUCCUACAUACACUUUAUGACGAGGCUUUAGCCUUUUGUAUGUGUUCGAUUUUAUUUUAAUAUUGCCACUGGGAGGAGAGAGUUUUAGCGUUAUUCCAGUCUGCUACAAUGCAAUUUCUGUAUUCUUAAAGAGAACAUGACAAGAAUAUCAUACAAUAACGAGGAGGAGAUGAUGAGAAAGGUAUAUCCCCUAUAUCGGAAUCCCCUCCCUGCGAAGCAUGCUCGGAAGCAUCUGUUGAAGAGGGGACUCAUUUAAAGGACUCGGGACUGCAGACACUUGUCACAGUUUCUCUGCGGAGGAAUGAGAACAAUGACACAAUGACAUGAAAUUCAGAACAGAAAAUACGAUUUGAAGGAGUUUUUCUUUAAACAUAUAUGGUAAUAAACAUUGAAAAAUGUUAUAAGUAUAUGUAACCAACUAUCCUCUGUCUCCCU